AUGGUGUUGCGGGUUGCGCUCUUGGGGGGGGACGUGCCGGAAGUGUUUGGAGUUUCUUGCAGUGAUUUGGUGAAGGAGCAGAAGGAGGAUGAAAGUCUGAAGGAGCUGGGUGAAAUGGUUUGUCCUGCGGCUGAGGCCGUGAGGAAGCCUGGAGCUUCGUCCCCACCGUGCUAUGCUACGCCGGGACGGCACGGUGGGAUUCCCGUGUCCCGGGGCCAACGAAUGGUGCGAGGACCCAUUAUGGGCCCUUUCCUGAAGGGGGGGGGGUGUUACGGGCUAGGCCUUAUGGGGGGCCUGGGCCUUUUCCUGCGUCUCCGUCCUGCCGCUCCUGUCUCCUGUGUGCACAGGGGGACCAGUUGGCGUUGA